AUGCCAUCGUGCACCAACACCACAGACAGCAACAUCCUCGCGAUCGGGUGCCCACUCAUGCGCUACCAAGCAAGAAAGCCAUCAUCCUUACCAACAGACAUGAGCAUCAAUAAGAUCGAAGAGGAACUCGAAGACAUUGAAGACAUGUCUCGCUUAGCUCUUUGUGCUGUCGACAGUAUCGUCCUCGAGAAGCGCCGGAGGAUGAGGACUGGUCUUCACAACACUAUUCCAGACUACAGGUCUAGUAUCAAUGAGGAAAUGGAAGAAGACGAAGAAGAUGUAGAGAUCGAAGGGCUAGGCAAUCUUGCUCUGCGGGCGAGGGAUAGCGUAUACUUGUUACGUCAAGAUAGCGAGAGGAAUGGAACAGCUAGUGCAAAACGUAGGAUGAGCAGGAAAGCCAAAGUCAGGGGUUGGUUUCUGAGGAUAUGGUCACUGCACGUAGAAAGUCAUCUUCAGUAG